GUGGGGAUGGCUGCGUUCUACGCUUUCUGAUUGGUGAGCACAGCUGGCCGAGCGAGAAACCGGAAGAGGAAGUGGUUGCGCCAGCCGGGCCGUGGCAAUGCAGAGGGAGGAGAAGCAGCUUGAGGCGUCAUUAGAUGCCCUGCUGAAUCAAGUGGCUGAUCUGAAGACUUCGCUGGGGAGUUUCAUUUACAAGUUGGAAAACGAGUACGACCGGCUGACCUGGCCUUCUGUCCUAGACAGCUUUGCACUGCUGUCUGGACAGUUGAACACUCUGAACAAGGUCUUAAAGCAUGAGAAGACACCACUGUUCCGUAACCAGGUCAUCAUCCCCCUGGUGCUGUCCCCAGAUCGAGAUGAAGACCUCAUGCGUCAGACUGAAGGACGAGUGCCUGUUUUCAGCCAUGAGGUUGUCCCUGACCAUUUGAGAACCAAGCCUGACCCUGAGGUUGAAGAGCAAGAGAAGCAGCUGACAACAGAUGCUGCCAGAAUUGGUGCUGAUGCAGCUCAGAAGCAGAUCCAGAGCUUGAAUAAAAUGUGCUCAAACCUUUUGGAGAAAAUCAGCAAAGAGGAACGAGAGUCAGAGAGUGGAGGUCUCCGGUCAAACAAGCAGACUUUCAACCCUGCAGACACUAAUGCUUUAGUGGCAGCUGUUGCCUUUGGGAAGGGGCUGUCUAAUUGGAGACCUUCAGGUAGCAGUGGUCCUGGCCAACCUGGCCAGCCAGGAGCUGGUACUAUCCUUGCAGGAACCUCAGGAUUACAGCAAGUUCAGAUGGCAGGUGCUCCAAACCAGCCGCAGACAAUGCUCAGUGGAGUCCAGAUGGCUCAAGCAGGUCAACCAGGGAAAAUGCCAAGUGGAAUAAAAACCAACAUCAAGUCAGCUUCACUGCAUCCCUACCAGCGGUGAGUGUGGACAGCAGCCUCCACUCUCAGGUGAUCUGUGCUGAGUUGGGCAAUGAAAUUAUCUUUUGCUCAAGGCUUACCUAGAUGGGUACAAUGAAAAGAACACAGGCUUUCAGCAACAGACAAAUCUCAGCUCUACUGUGAAUAGCUGUGCGACCUUGGGAAAGUGACCUCAUUUUUCUGAGCCUGGGUUCUUAUUUGUAAGUGGUGAUAAUACCUACCUCAUAAGGUUGUUGUGAGGAUUAAAAUGAGAAAAACGAAUGUAAAACACUUAGCAUGGUAUAUGAAAUACUGGGUCUUGAAUAAAUGAUAGUUUCUUACUUUUC